AUGUGCACGGACGACACGGUACUGCCACUGGGGCCGGCUGAGACGCGGCAUGCGUACGUCACAGACACGCAACCGUUCUAUUACAGGCGGGAGCAGCUCGCCGCCCGACCAGAACCAGGCCCGAGCGUACGGCGCGUAGCGUUCCGCGCGCGCCUCAAAGAGCCAAUAGACCACCACAGACGGGGCCCUAAAGGGCUGAUGUUCAGCCGCGGUUGCGGGGAGAUCUUACGUCAAUUGAUUGCUCAAUCAGCACAGAUAUUAGAAGAUAAGUCCACAAAAUCUUCGGUGAACUCACAAAAAAUAAAAGAGUGGAAGAAUAUACAGGUUAAGUUUAAUGAAUUAACUGGUAAAUUUCGUUCGGGCGGAGAGCUGAAGUUGGCAUGGAAAAGAAUGAAGUUGUCCGCUAAAUCCAACCUUUCCAUGCAUAGAAGGGAACAACAUUUAACAGGCGGCGGUGAAAAACCGCCAUCACCUUCUCCAGAGGACUUAGCCGUUAUGGCAAUUGCUCCUCACGACUUCGUCAUUGAAGUCAAUGAAUAUGAUAGUGAUGCAUUGGAUCCAGUUCCCGUGCCUACCAUUAAUGCGGCUGGGAUAGACUCAAAACCCGGUCCUAGUUUUGAAACGGUAUCGUUUCAUAUUGAAACAUGCGAAGAUAGACCAGAAAAGGAUUUUGUCUGUUUGCAAGAUACAAACAACAGUGACGCUUGCGUUGAAGAACAAGCAACAAUUAAAAAGAAAAAGAGCUUGCAAAAUAGGGACCUUCUGGAUAAGAAAGCCCAAAACAGAGAUGAGAGCAGUCAGAGGAAGCCUAUGUUUGGGGUGCGCGCAGAAGACCUCCCCGUGCGUUCCGCGGCUGCUGGUCCCUUGCGGAUACGUCCGGGGGGAAGAGCAGUUGUUGGACCGGUGCACCCUGGCUGCUGA